AUGCAACCGAAAGCAGAGAUAUCAUUAUCCGGGUACUUGGGAACACGAAGAGUGGUUUCCAAGAAGCUUGCGUUUGCUCUUCUAAGAAGUCAUGACCAAAGGAUUUGCAUCCAAAUAGUUUCCUACCUUGGGAAAGAGGAUGCGAAGGAUCCAAAGAGAGUGCAGACGCAUGAGACCUUGUGUUCGUUGAAAGAUUGGACUCCCGUUGUUGUGAAAGGAAGAUUGAAAACACGAUCCGAACCCUCCAAGGAGAAUACCGCGAUGGGGAUACCCUUGGCGAAUGACGUCGAGCUGGACCUAGAUUCAAUCGAAAUCCUCAAUGAUGUACCAAAAGAUCUUCUUCUGAAAGAAGGCACUGUCUUUUCUCCAGAACAGAGACAUCUCCAACUCCGCACCGACGCAGAGCUACGACAAAACCUCCUAUUCCGCCACAAGGUCACCCAGAAAGCCAGGGAACUGCUAACCUCGGAUAUGCAAUUGACGGAGAUAGAGACACCUAUCUUGUUUAAGUCGACACCGGAAGGCGCUCGUGAAUUCCUGGUCCCGACACGGACCAAGGGGUUCGCCUAUGCGCUUCCGCAGAGUCCGCAGCAGUACAAGCAGAUUCUGAUGGCUUCAGGAUUUUCGGGGUACUUCCAGUUUGCUCGAUGCUUCAGGGACGAGGAUUUGAGGGCUGAUAGGCAGCCUGAAUUCACCCAGCUCGAUAUGGAAAUGGGAUUUGCUGGGGAGGAAGAUAUUAUUAGCACAAUCGAAAAGCUCCUGAAGGAGUUAUGGAAGCAGUGCCUGUCGGAGCAGGUUGUCACUCCUUUCCAGAGGAUGACUUAUGCUGAGGCAAUGGCAUCGUAUGGCUCUGAUAAACCAGAUAUGCGUCUUGGAAUGGAGAUCCACAACAUUACGGAAAAGCUGCCUCAAGACCUAAUCAGCAAAAUCAGUGACCUCAAGUCACCAGCCGUUGAUGCUUUCCGAAUAACAGUUUCCGAUGACCCCAAAGUCACAAGAAAAUUCAUUACCGACUUCCUGGACAGCCCCGAAGGACAACCGUUCCUCGUCAAUCCAGCUGGACAGCCUGGCGUCUUCGUUGCAGACGCAUCACAACCCAUGCAAGGCCUCGGUGCCCUAGGUUAUGAGUUCGUCAUGGACAUUCCCGAUGCCCUGGCCCUCGACAACGGCGACCUUCUUAUCAUCCAAGCCCGCAAGAAUGAGCCCUUCUCCGGCGGUUCCACUCCACUGGGAAACCUCCGUUUAGCAAUACACAAGGCCGCCGUAGCCCAGGGUCUCGUUCCCAAACCCACCGGCUUCCACUUCGUCUGGAUUACUGACUUCCCUCUGUUCACACCCUCCAAUGACACCGACCCCGGUCAGGGCGGUUCCGCUGGCUUUUCUUCCACCCACCACCCCUUUACUGCUCCUAAAACCGCACAAGAUGUGGAUCUUCUCCUCACCGCCCCGGAAAACGUCACCGCCGCACAUUACGAUAUUGUAGUGAACGGUGUUGAACUCGGAGGCGGUAGCCGACGUAUCCACAACGCCGACGUGCAAGAAUUCAUCCUGCGCGACGUGCUAAAGAUGAAUGCCCAGCGGCUGGAAGAUUUCAGGCAUCUGCUGGAUGUGUUGAAGUCGGGGUGUCCGCCGCAUGCGGGGAUUGCACUUGGUUGGGACAGAUUGGUGGCGGUGAUGUUGGGAAAGGAGUCGGUAAGGGAGGUGAUUGCUUUUCCGAAGAGUGGGAAGGGGGAGGAUAUGUUGGUGAAGUCACCGAACCGGGUGACGAAAGAGCAGUGGGACACUUAUCAUUUGCAGUUGAAGGGAUAA